AUGGUGGGCGAGGUCUCAGAGCCAUCUACAAAGAGACGGAGCGAACCGGAAGCGCUGGACGCUGCUGCCGCGAAACGGGCGAAGACGGACGCUGACAAGGAAGCGGAGGGCAAGAUGGAGAUAGAUGAGGAGGUGUCUGCUCCUCAGUUCGAGAAGGGAAAGGCAAAGGAUUCCACUACUGCGGAGAAGAAAGCAGACAGGCAAGCUGGUAUCAAGCUUCCCAUCGAGAUCAUAGGGCGCGUGUUCGACUUCUACUACGACCUGGUGCAUGAUGGGCGACAGCUGGACUCCUUCGCUUGGGACGAGGAGGCAGCACUCGACUGUCGGUUGCCCGAGCUUGUUUCUCGCUGUCCGCACCUCUGGAGUUUGUCUCUGCUCGACGUACCCGUGUUCAAAGGGUUCGAUGCCGUCGUCAUUCUUGAGACACUCCGCCUAGCUGCUUGCGUGAAGAAGCUCCACCUCGAGUUGCAGCUCAUGAACCUCGCGAUCGAAGCGCCCGGACACCUCCUCAAUGCAGCUGAACGCUGUAGCCGACCGGACCGGACUGUCGUCGGCAGCAUGAGUGACCCGGCAGAUGUGAUCCAGCCCUUUGGUAUUGAGGGACAGGCACGCGACUUUCGAGCGCGUCCCGACGAAAUGUCGGAGUGGUGGAGCAGUGUGCUGAAUGAGCAGACGUGCGACGGACAACGGGCAGACAUGACGCCCCGCGCGCUGGCCCAGAGGCCGCGAUACGUCGCUAACGGCGCGUAUCCGAACCCCGUCCCCGACGAGCCGGCUUCAGAGGACUGGGAGCCGUACGUCCCGCCCGAGCUCGAGUUGCCCGAGUUUCUCAAGACAUCAAACGGGGAGUGGGAUGUGGACGCGAUAACGAAGGCAGAGUACGCAGCCAUGAUGGCCGUCGUAUACUGCCGCGACACGGGCAAGCGGCAAGCAGCCGCGCGAUGGCUGAGCGACCGGCCACUGUACGCCGUGACGGGGCGUACGUUCGAGCAAGUGAACGAGGCAGAGGACUUCUCCGGCCUCCCAAUCAACCUGCACGAUGCGCGGAAACAUUUGGCGCUGAAGUUGCGCUGGCGCCUCCUUGACCAUCUCCGCGCACACACGCCCGAGAGUCUGUAUCUUGUCUUCAAGGACCCGGCGGCGGCGUGCAUAGCGCACGAGCCGUGGUUUUGGCAAUCCCUCCCAGUCCCCCAUGUGCGGAUGCGCAUAGCGCGCGGCAUGGACCCCGACGACGCCUUCUCCCUCGAGUCCUUAGCGACAUGCGUGCCCGCGCGGGAGCUGCGGCUCAGUCCCCCAAGUUCGGGCGGUACGGGCGGCGGCACAGUCACGUUCUGGAAGACGACGACGUCGCGCCGCGUCGAGGCCUACCCUUUGCACCCGCGCACGUGUCUCGAGCUGGUCUGCAACACCGCCAAGGACCUGGAGGGACUCAAGGUCCCGGAGGGCGUGACGGUCCUCCUGGGCGAAGGGGACCAGAACUGGCGAGCCGUCGAGCCCGGCGUCCCCUCUCGCGCAAUGAGCGAGGAGGAAAGAGAAAGGCUGGUCCAGGCGUACAGGGAGGACUAUAAGCGGCACUUCGGCGGUCCGGACGAGUACGUCUCGUACGGCAUGGUGGACGAGCAUGCCGGCCCGGGCGAGUGGGGGAGCGACAGCGAUCCCGGGCCCUGGGCCGAGUUCGGACACGAGGACGACGAGAUCAUAGGCACCCCGCCGCCGGACAGCGAUGACGAGGCGAACGACAUUCCCGAGGCUGACGGCGCUGCUGCCGGCGUUGCUACUGGCGCUGCUGUAAACGGCGAGCCGACCCCCAACGGCGCUGGCGGCGGUGGAAGCGGCAGUAACGGGACGGCGCCUCCGCAACCCUUAUUGCUCCCGAUCCAAGUCCACCUGCAGCAAGAAGUCCAGACUCUGCUGCACCAGUUCAUGGCACAGAUGGCGCACGAGGAGGCGCAAAUGGCGACGCAGCGGCAGGCGCGCCUCGCGACGCAUAACCAGUUCGUGCAGCGCGUACAGGAGCUACAGGCGCAGUUGGCUGCUGUGGAGGCGAUGGAACUCACGCCGGGCCAGGCCGCGGCUCAGGCUGCGGCGCAGGACCAGUUGCUGCAGGUGCAGCAGGCCGUUGCCCAGAAUCAGGCUACCGGAGGGCCUGCGGCUCAAGGUGAAGUGCUCGGAGGGCUGGGUGAAGAGAAUGGAGGAGGAGAGCCGGCGUCGGCGGCGGAGCAGGGCACGCAACCCCCCUCCCAGCCGCCCGCCGAUGAUAACGGCGAAGGAAGUAGCACACAUCCAUAA